CAGACAACAAAAAGGCAUCUGUUCUGAUAAUAACUGUGAAAAAAUCUACUUGAUUGGAAUAUACAAUUAAAAUGGACACAUGGAAAUCAAUAUUUUGUGGCAAUGGAGUACUACUGCUGUCAGUGAUUUGUGCUACUCUUGGAUUGCAAGUGACUAUUCCACAGUCCAUGUAUGAAGCCGCUCGAGGCGAUGAAGUGAUCAUAACGUGCAGUUUUCAGCCUAAAAAUCCUGUGAACCGACUCAUUAUAAUCUCAUGGACUGGUGAAGCUGAUGGGUCAUUUGAUGAUGAAGGGAUUUCUUUUGGGACUUUCUAUUCUGAUGAUGGUCAUGUAGAUAUCAAUGCAAUGUAUGAAGGCAAAGUCCAGAUUGAAAGUGAUGUCAGCAAAAAAGUGUCAAAUUUAAUAUUGAAGCAAGUCACUUUGCGAGAAAGCAGACGCAUCAAAUGUAUUGUCCAGAUUCCUGGUGACACAGAGGGACGAACGUCAGAUUCCACCUCACUUGUGGUUCUGGUUGCACCAUCAAAUCCUGUCUGUAAGAUUAAAGGCACUGCAGAAUAUGGACAGAAUAUCAGCUUGAGCUGUGUCUCUGAAGAGGGAUCCCCAACUCCCACCUACCAGUGGCAGAGCUAUGAUGUCAAAAACAUCCCUAGAUUAUUUCCACCCAAAACCACUGAAAAGGAUGGAGUGCUUUCCCUGUUCAAUGUAUCCAUGGACACAUCAGGUUACUACAUUUGCACGUCAACCAAUAAGAUUAAUUCCGCAAAGUGCAACCUCACCUUGUCAGUCAUGCCAUCUACAAUGAAAAUUGGAGCUACAGCAGGAAUUAUUGGAGGCUGUAUUGCUGGAGUCGCAGUGCUUGUACUCAUAAUUUACUGUGCCUGUAAAGACAAGCAGAAGCCAGAGGAGUUUGCUAUGGAACCACCAAUGGUAGAAUACCAUGGCAUUCCAGCAGAAGAGAAGAAAGGACAUGAAAGGAAAACUAGUAUUGAAGGUCACAUUGACCAAAGAGAGAGGUAUGAGAUGAAGGCAGAAAAGGACAGCGAUCGUGAUUCUAAUCAUCGGUUUGAUGAUGAUGAUCAACCUCCUGAGAUGCAUGAUGAUCACAGGGAAAACUACAGUAGAGAUUAUAAUGGAGACCGCAGAGAUUAUUAUGAUGACCGCAAACAUCAAUACAAUGACCAGCAUAAUAACUAUGAUGAUCGCAGAGGUCAAUAUGAUGAUUGUCAAUAUCGCUCCGAUGGCCGAGGUCACUACCGCCAGAACCGAUAUGAUGACCGAAAUAGUUUUGAUGACCGAAGAGAAGUUUAUGAUGAUCGCCAGGGUCGCUAUGACAAUCAUAGAUACCGUUAUGCCGAUCGUGAGGAUCACUAUAAUGACCACAGAGAGCGUUAUGAGCGCCAAGGCCAAUAUACUGAUUGCGAUGAACGUUAGAAAGAUCAUCAGACUUGUGAUCGUGACAACGACCAGAGAAAUGUACGUCGAGACCUACAAUAGAUAGCACAUAGGAAAAUCGUUUACUAUUUUCAUAAAUGGCAGUUUUUAUUAGUUAUUAAUCACUGUAAAAUAUGAAAUUACAUUCAUAUAAAAUUACAGGUCAAACUUCAUUUGCAUGUACUUAUUAUUGCGAUAUUAAAAAAGAGGUUUGAAAUGUAGCUUUAUAUGAAUAAACUUUUUGGGCUAAUUGUUAUUUUUGUUUAAUUAUUACAUUAAUCAUUACUAAGCAUUCAUAGCUCUCCUCUCAUUUUAAUGCCUUUGUUGUACCCCAGAAUAAAGCACAAUAUAGUUAUAAUAUGAUUAUGAUCAUAUCUUUAUCUUUGAAUUCAUUUAGAAAUCGUUCCAGUUAAAUAGAGUAGAUAGCAAGUUAAAAAAUAAAUAAAUUAUGCAAUCAUGCAUAGCGUUGUAGAUAACAAUAUAGCAGUACCUUUUCACAUUGUUAGAAUAAUUAUAAAGUAUUUCAUAUACUUUAUCUAAAUGUAUCAGCCUAAUGAUUCUUUGUAGUUGGGUGCGCCUAUUUUAGAAGAUGGGUGUUCAUACCGUGAUGUUUAAAUAUAUCUUUUUUUUUUUUACAACGUUUCCCAUAUAAUGUAUGUCAAUCAAAUAAAGUGUGAAACUCUUUAAAGUGUGUAAACAGUCAUAUUUU